GGCACAUCGCAGGAUCUCCGAGCUGUUCGUGUAAUAAAAAGGAACAACAAUUGCAGCGUGUGUGCGCAGGGGAAGUGUUGGGGUUAGAGCGAGCGGAGCAGCGGACGGGAGCAUCGCCACACUGCACCCGGGGGUAUUUACGCUGGGAUACGAGUACGGGAGCCUGCGAGGGACACACUAAGGUCCAGACUCCUGCAUCCAAACCUCCUUCAUCGAUUUCCGCCAUGUCUUCCAACACCUCCAGCUCCGCCCCCUCCGCCCUCACCUCUCUCCCCAUCUCGGGCUCAAUGCGGGGGGGCAUCGCCAUCCUCACCCUGGCCUUCAUCUUGGGCUUCCCCGGAAACCUAUUCGUGGUCUGGUCCGUGUUCUGCAAAGUCAAAAAACGAUCGGUCACCUGCAUUUUGGUCCUGAACCUCGCGGUGGCCGACGCCUUCGUUUUGCUGAGCGCCCCGUUGUUUUUGCGCUAUCUCGCCGGAGGUAGAGGAUGGGAGUUUGGGUCUGCAGCGUGUAAGCUUGUGCAUUAUUUAUCGAGCGUGAACAUGUACGUGUCCAUCUACCUGAUCAGUCUGAUGAGUAUGGAUCGGUAUUUGGCUGUUUCGAAGCCUUUUUUGUCGCACAGGGUGAGGACGAAGAAGACUCUGCUCUUGUUGCUCAUGGGAGUGUGGGUCAUGGCGUUCAUACUGUCUCUGCCCAUGCCGUUUUAUCGCAGUAACAUAAAGAAACACUUCGGGAACCUGACGGUGUACCUGUGUAACCAUAACCACGGGAACAACAUGGGUCAUAAGGUGUUCCAGUACAUGUUUGAGACCGUGAUGGGCUUGGUCGUGCCUUUUUCUCUCAUCAUUUCCUGUUACUCUUCGGUCAUCUGUCGCUUACAGUCGGCUAUGUUCCAGCGCAAAGGCCAGGGCAGCAGACUCAUCCUCUUCAUCAUCCUCGCCUUCGCCGCGUUCUGGGUGCCCUACCACAUCGUCAACAUCAUAGAGGUGGCCGGCGAGUUGCAGGGGAGUAAAACCGUCGUCAACGCCGCUCUGGUCGCUCGCCCGAACGUCACGGCCUUCGCCUACUUCAGCAGCGCCGUCAACCCCAUCCUCUACGUGUUCGCCGGGAGCUCGCACAUCCGCAAGGCCGGGCUCAGCUUCAUGGGGAAACUGUUCGAAGCCACUAACUCCGAGAGCCGAAGCACCUCCACCUUCACGCGGACUCGAAGCUCCACCCCCGACGAGACCUCCGUCCUCCACACUCUGUCAACGAAACUGGGCAAGCCUUUCAAUAGCAGGAGCAAGGAGAGGAGCGAGAGUGUGAGGGAGGAGCUGGAGCACACGCAGCAGCUGGACUAAAUAUGUUAAGGUCCAUAUUUUUUUUUAUUUUUUUUUAAUUAUUAUUUUUUUUUACUACUUUACAUAUCUUGACCUUUUUUCCUGCAUAUAUCUCAGGACCAUAUGUUAAGACAGUAGUACUUCAAAGACACGUCUCAUUGCAGUGUGUAAAAUACCGCCAGCAGGGGGUGAUGUUUUUAAUGUUACAAUGAAAAAUAAAUAUGUUUUUAACCAGAAAAAUACAAUAUCUGCGUGUGCUAAUCUGGCUAACAGUGCUUUCCAUAGACUGUUUAUGUAAAUGGACACAGCUAACCCGCUAGCCGCCACGUUCCAAACAGGAAGUGAUCAUGAGCGCACUUCCUGCUCCAUCGACUCUGGCUCCAGUUCACUUUCUAUUGAAAAACUGUGUCGUCUCUCUCUGUACCUGCUGCUGUCAGACUCGUCAUUUUGGUCUUAAAUGUUCGUAUUAACCCGACUCUACAUGAUCCUGGUCCAAAUUCGCCGCUAUAACUGCUCUGGCCUCGAUGAGCUUCAUUUGACUGGAGCUAACGCUGUGGGUGACGUCAAACUCACUCAGUCACUUCUAUGGUCUUUUCACGCUUGCAUCCUUUGGUCUGGAUUUUUUUGGAUUUUUCAGUUUGGUUUGCUCCAGUGUCUAAGUGUAAAUACUCCCGUGGAGACAAAAUAACUGCAAACCACUCUGCCAAAACAUAGCCUGCUGCGUGAGUGAAAUAUAAUCCCUAUUUUGGUGUAAAAUUACCAAAUGCCUCACACUCGUAUAUGAGAACAUGUGAAACAAAAACCACGUGUUCAAUUAUAGCAGAGGAAGCGCCGCGGUAAAUCUCUGUUGUUUCCUCACCCUGGUCCUAACCUUAACCAUAAUCUCAAAACCAGGCCCUAAAUUUAACCAUCAACCCAAAACCAGGCCCUAAAUUUAACAAUAAUCUGAAAACCAGGCCCUAAAUUUAACAAUAAUCUGAAAACCAGGCCCUAAAUUUAACAAUAAUCUGAAAACCAGGCCCUAAAUUUAACAAUAAUCUGAAAUUCAGGCCCUAACCUUAACAAUAAUCUCAAAACCAGGCCCUAAAUUUAACAAUAAUCUCAAAACCAGGCCCUAAAUUUAACAAUAAUCUCAAAACCAGGCCCUAAAUUUAACAAUAAUCUGAAAUUCAGGCCCUAACCUUAAUCAUAAUCUUAAAAUCAGGCCCUAAUUUUAACCAUAAUCUCAAAAUCAGGCCCUACCCUUAACAAUAUUCUCAAAAAAGACCCUAAUUUUAACAAUAAUCUCCCAACCAGGCCUUAAUUUUAACCCCUGCUGGUGUUUCAUAAUCCUUACUAUAGCGUAGAGAUUAAAUAGUCUGUAUUUAAAGGUCAUAUGUUACACAAAAGUGACUCUCGUGAGAUUUAAACUCAUCCAAAUGAUUCUCGUGAAGGCGUGUGGAGUUUAAAAACACACUGGAGCACUUCCUGUAUUACCACUUGAUGACAUCACAAGGUGGAACAGAGUGUUUUCAGUUUGAGAGAAGAACUCAAAAGCUCAAAAAACAUGUGUGAAUGAAACAAAACACAAGUCCAGGUCUGUUUUUGAUGAGAAAAAAAACAUUAUAACAACAGAAAUACUUAAAAUUGAAUGAAGUAAGUUGUAUAUUUCGUGUUUACUUAAGCUGUAUUUGUUCUUAUAUGUAAAUUAUUCAUGGUGUAAUUUCACAAUAUAUAAAGAGAAAUAUUUUUGUAAACCUAUUGCUCUCACGGUAAUAAACUUAUUCAACCG